UCCAUAACUUCCUCCCCACGUAACCGUCUCCUUUUACUUAAGCAACUCUUUCUCUAACCUUUAUCCUUUUUUUUUCUUCUCUUUUCUCCCAUCGCAAUGGCCACCAAUAAUUCUGAUUCUGAUCCCAGUUUUCACACUCCACUUACCCCUACUUCUAACGCAAUCAUCCCUAUCUAUCCUAAUCCAAAUCUCCAGCUUGCUUUAUCUCCAAGUUACAAUCAGAGCCCUAGAAAGAAACGCAAAACCGUUGCGCUACCCUCUAGUUCUUCACCAAAACCAAAACCAAAAUACCCUAGAAAGCCAGACCCUAAUGCCCCCAAAAUCACACGUCCAUGUACCGAAUGUGGCAAAAGGUUUUGGUCAUGGAAAGCUCUUUUUGGUCACAUGAGAUGUCACCCCGAGCGUCAAUGGCGUGGCAUCAAUCCUCCUCCUAACCACCGUGGCCCUACCCCGGCUUCAUUUUCAAACCAGAACCAGAGAUCACCAAAAUGGGUAUCCCUUAUGACCGAGGAAGAUCAUGAAGUCGCUUCUUAUCUCUUAAUGCUGGCUAAUUCCACACCAUCAUCAUCAAGUUGUGGUGAACGGUUCGAGUGUGGGGGUUGCAAGAAAGUGUUUGGAUCACAUCAGGCUUUAGGAGGACACAGAGCUAGUCACAAGAACGUUAAAGGAUGCUUCGCUAUAACGAACGUGGCCGAUGAUCAUAUGACGGUUACUACUACUACUACUCCUAGUGAUCAAGAUCACCAGGGUAAGAUCGUUACGUAUUUGGGGCAGCAUAAGUGUAAUGUAUGUUUCAGAGUGUUCUCUAGUGGUCAGGCUUUAGGAGGCCACAUGAGAUGUCACUGGGAGAAACAAGAGGAGACUAUGGUCUGUGGUGCGUUCGAUCUGAAUGUUCCUGCAACAACACAUGAUCUUUCUACUUCGGACACACCAGGGUGUUCAUUAGAUCUUAGGUUAGGACUUUAAUUAGUAAAAUAUAAUUAUAGUUAUAAAUUAGACGUUGGCUUCUAAUAUAUCUAGGAUAAUGUUGUGAUAUAAUGA